AGAUAGUGAUAAGAAAUGGUAGUAACUUCUUACAAAUACUGUAUUUGCUUCUUAUUAAUUAUUAAAUUAUUACAUAGUAUAGACUAUAGACUAUUAUUGAGAGCCUAGACAUAGAUGAAAUAUUAUCUAGGCUCUGUAGUAUAGACUAUAGAACAUUCACUAUAUUUACGAGUAUGGAGUUUCUUUAUUGAUGUUGUAAUGAACAUAUUAGAAAAAAUACAAUGGUAACAAUAAAUGUAAAGGCGUACAAUUCGAUUGAUAAAGUUGGGGGCUCAGGAGGAGAAAAUGACAACCGAUACUUAUACUUGAAUUCUGUGGUUAAAAUCGAGUGUGGUCAAAAUGAGGGCACAGCAGUUUGUGUGCACACGUCUGACGCUAAUGAUAGACACCUGUUCCUCACAUGUGCUCAUGUCGUAGACCACACAGUGCAAUCAGUAAUACUACGUUAUGGUGGACGUGCAAUUAAAGGUAGAGUUAUUUAUGCUAAUCGUAAGGCUGUUCCGUAUGAUAUUGCUGUAAUUGUAUCUGAACGAAUUACAGACAUUUUAGCUUGUCAGAUAUCAGACAAAAUCCCGGUCAUUGGUCAAAAAAUGUUUUCGGUUGGAUUCCCUUGUCAAGAAUAUGUACCGUCUACAGUUUUUGGUCACAUGUAUAGAAUGAUACAUAACAUAUUGACAACCACUUGUAAUGUACGCGAAGGGUUCAGUGGUGGUCCAGUCUUUUCAAUCGAUAGAAAACUAUUGGGUCUCACAGUUGGAAAGUUGAAUGUGGGCACUAUUCAUUUUGUAUUGCCUUCAACAGAAUUUGUGGAAACUAUUAAUAAAUACAUCAUUACUAAUAAUGUUGAAAUACUUAAUGAUUUAGAAUCCAAGUGCCCAUUGAAAACAGCGUUGUGGAACAAUGGAAUUCCCACAUUCAAAGCAUGUCAUAUUUAAUUCAAACAGAAGAAUAUUCUCAUGUACAUUUCUAUAAUGAUUGAAAUGAUUAAUAGGGUUAGGGUGUUUAUGAUUUUGCAAAUUUUUUUUUGGUUGUCCAAUAGCUUUUCCAUUCUUAUAUAGAAAUGUGUUUCAUGAUAUCUAUAUUCAAAAUUUUAUUUUGCAUAUAAUUACAUAUUUUACCAUUUUUUAUUUAUGUGCAUAAUAUGUGAUUUUUCUGUUUUUUAGUACAUAUUUAACGGUUUUCGAUGUAAAAUGCUGAAAAAUACCAUAAUUUUAUAUUUUAUUAACUGAAUCUGAUAUAAAGUUGAUUAUCUGGUUUUUACAAAUUAUCACUUAUUUAUUGUUGAGAAUUCAAUAUGAUUAUACACACUAAAUUUUCUAUAACCCUCACCAAUUGUCACAAUCAAAACUUAUCUUAAAACUGUGAGCCAUUACAAUUUUAUCAAAUAUUUUAACAGAACAUUUAAUAAUUUAAAAUUAAUUGCCAUCUAGUCUACGACUGAUGUAGAGUACCUGUACUGCGAGUUUUGUGUUAGAGAUUUUUCUUCUAAUAGAUUCAGACGUAUUAGCUCCAAAUAGACAAAGAUUUACAACAAAACAUUUAAAAAAAACAAUAAUUAUUCAAUGCAACUUCUUUUUAAAUAUAUAUUUUUAUUUUUAUAUAAUUAAUAAGAAAAUUCAAAAAUGUAAUAGACAAUAGUUAAUAUAAUAAGCAUAUAAAAAUAGUACCGACCCAAUUAGUUUAUAUUUUAUUAAUAAUUAAUAAUUAAAUUUGUCUAUAUUUAUUGCAUUUUUUUAUCCACAUUUUUCAAAUUUUUCAUGCAUAUUUAACUGUUUUAUAGUACAUAAAAUAUCCUAACCCUAAUGAUUAGUGUACUUAAUUGGUAACAGUUUUGUCUUGAAAAUAUUUAAAAUUGUAAGAAGUGUCUAGUGGUUAUAUGGAUUUUAAAAAUUAUUAUCUUUUAUUACAUGUGCAGUGAAUUCAUUUUAUUGUAAUAUAAAAACUAAUAUGUGUACUUGUUUUAAUUGAAAUAUAAAAAUAAAAAUAUAAUAACAUAGGUA